AUGAACCCUCGUUUGCUGGAGGAGGAGGAGGAGGUGGAGGAGGUGGAGGAGGUGGACGAGGAUUUCGCCUGCAUGCAAAUAUGACCUCGGAAGAGAGAGACGCGCAGCUGAGAGGCCGCGCGGAGCAGCUUCAAGGAGAACUCAGCUGGCAGGCGCAGAUGAAGAAACAGCUGGAUGAUGAAAAGAGGAAAAAGGAAGAAUUGGAGGACAGGCUGAUGGAGGAAAAUAUGAAGAGGCAACAGGAGAGGAUGAAGGCGGAGUAUGAAGCGGAACAGGAUAAGAGGAGAAGAAAAGAGGAAGAGCAAUCCCGCCGUCGCGAAGCCCAACUGAAGCACAUGGAGCGGCUACAGCAGGAGGCCGCGGAGAAGAAGAAGGUGCAGAGGGCGAGGACCUUGGCAGCCGCUGACGAAGCCGCGUCGUCUCUGCCCACCUCCUCCAGGCACAACAGCCGCGACGCACGCAACUUGCAGAAGCCCAGCAGUCAGCAGGACGGGAAGAAGAGAUUCGCAAACCAGGACAAUGACUUCGGCCUCAACCUCAAGUCCGACUCAAGGCUCUUAGCAGCCAGAACACCCAACAAGUUCUUUGAUGCACCGACCACACCUGUCAAAAUGCCCAGGACAAGUGACGACCGAAAACGACCGAAGCCCUUGACACCGGCAGUCCCAGUUCCUCAGAAGGGCUAUAACCGUCGGUCUCAAAAGCCGGAAUACACUCCUGGCGCUGUCGUCGACCUCCCGCCAGUCGAGACAACGGAGAGACCAGGGCACGCCAGCCAACCAGACGGACCUCAGAGUGGGCAUGCGAACACUCUUGAGGUUCAGACAACCCCACCUGCCAGGGAACACACAGAGAUCCAGACAGCGAAGCCACAACAUUCCGACAUGGAGAUACAAACCACUCCGGCGUUGAACCAAUGGGAGUCGGAGAGGAAGCAAGAGGAGCCCCGCCCCCCCGUGGUGCGAGGUCCGCCCUUCGACUGGAAGAUCCACAUCCAGGACAUGUCGGAGGAGGAGAAGGCCAAGCUGGAGAAGAUGUCGGAGGAGGAGACCAAACACUUUGUCGAAGAGAACCAGGACCUCAUGAGCCAGCUGUCUGCCAUGAAAGUCAAUCUACGGGCAAGUCAUGACUAGCGCCUCCUCUCUGCAUGACGCAUUGCUUUAGAAUGCAUGGCGCCGCCCCUGUAGAAACGAGAGUGGUUGCAAUAUUGAAUGGAAUGUUUGCAAUUGCUUCCCAUAAGAUAUUCUCGUGUGUAUUAGAUAUGCGUUGAUACAGACACAUGCAUAGAUGCAUAUAUACAAAGCUAUUAACACACACACACACACACACACACACACACACACACACACACACACACACACACACACACACACACACACGCACACACACACACACACACACACACACACACACACACACACACACACACACACACACACACACACACACACACACACACACACACACACACUAAUCACACUAACAAAAUCAAGACACACGGAAUGAUGUGCCUUGAAGUAUCAGGUGAAGUCUUGGUAUCAAAUGGAGGCAAACUCAUGUUAAGAGUAUAAAAUGCAGUGUCAGUUCAAAGGACAAACAAGACACAAAAUAGAAAAGACAUUUUGUUAUAUGGUUAUUCUGACAGAUACAUGACUGAAAACUGAUGGCUAAGUAGUGCUUUUGCUUCUGCUUAAUAGAGGUAUUUUGAUGUGCCUUAUUACCGCAACACGGCGAAUAAAGGGAUUAAUAAAUGCAUGAUAUUAUUUCUAUGAAA